AUGGUAGGGAAGGAGACGGACAAGAGGUCAAACGGGGGUGAAGAGGGUCGUGGGAAGAGAAAUGCCAUUCGCCUGCAUGACGCAUACACCGUGGAGACGGUGGUGGUGGCAGACUCGGACAUGGUGCAGUACCACGGUGCUGAGGCGGCACAGAGGUUCCUGCUGACUGUCAUGAACAUGGUCUACAACAUGUUCCACCAUCAGAGCCUGGGAGUUAGGAUCAACAUUCAAGUCACCAAACUGGUGCUGCUUCAUAGCCGCCCAGACAAACUUAAGGUGGGCCAUCAUGGAGAAAGGUCUCUGGAGAGCUUCUGUCAUUGGCAGUAUCAAGAGUUUGGGGGACAUCGAUACCUUGGUACCAACCACGUUCCUGGUGGAAGGGAUGACAUCCCACCAGUGGAUACUGCUGUUCUGGUCACCAGGACAGAUUUCUGUGUUCAUAAAGAUGAGCCAUGUGAUACUGUGGGUGUAGCUUAUCUGGGUGGUGCCUGCAGUGCCAAGAGGAAGUGUGUGUUAACAGAGGAUAACGGACUCAAUCUGGCCUUCACCAUUGCUCACGAGCUGGGACACAACAUGGGAAUGAGCCAUGAUGAUGACCAUGACACCUGCACUGGCCACUCUCAUAUUAUGUCUGGUGAAUGGGUGAAAGGAAGAAACCCCAGUGACCUGUCCUGGUCCUCCUGCAGUCGCGACGACCUGGAAAACUUCCUCAGAUCCAAAGCUAGUUCCUGUCUACUGCAUACAGACCCCAGAAGCCGUUACCAGGUCAGGCUGCCUCCAAAACUGCCAGGCAUGCACUACAGUGUGGACGAACAGUGCCAGAUCCUUUUUGGGGCCAAUGCUACUUUCUGCAAUGACAUGGAGCACCUUAUGUGUGCUGGCCUGUGGUGUUUAGUAGAGGGAGAUGUGUCCUGCAAGACAAAACUGGAUCCUCCUCUGGAUGGAACAGAGUGUGGAGCAGACAAGUGGUGCAGGGCAGGUGAUUGUGUCAGUAAGACGCCCAUCCCUCAACAUGUGGACGGAGACUGGAGUCCAUGGAGCCACUGGAGCAUGUGCAGCAGGACCUGUGGAACAGGAGUCCAGUUCAGACAGAGGAAAUGUGACAACCCUCCGCCUGGUCCAGGUGGUCGACACUGCCCAAAGGCCAGUGUGGAGCACAAAGCAUGUGAAGGUCCUCCAUGUCCCAAGGGGGUGUCCAGCUUCAGAGACCUGCAGUGUCUGUCCUACGACCGACAGAGUAACAAGAAGAAGGGCAGCGUGCUGGCGGCUGUAAUUAAUGAUGAGAAGCCAUGUGUGUUGUUCUGCAGUCCAGUGGGUCGAGAUGUCCCAGUCCUGAUGGCUGACAGAGUGAUGGAUGGGACUCCCUGUGGACCAUAUGAGGCCGAUCUGUGUGUUAAUGGGAGGUGUCAG